UCGGACAUAUUUUUGAAAGCACGCGUCGGUUCCAAACCGGAAAACCGCCGCUGCCUUUAUUUGUUCCCCCCUUUCUCUUUAAAAUUAGCUCCAGCUUCGCACAUAUUUGACCCCGAUCGACAGCAGAGCAGAAGCAAAACCCUAAAAAGGCGUCCAUUUAUUCGGCUAUUUCCGCCGAUGCUCGUCCUCCUCCGUGCAGAAUCAGGAUGUUUUCUUCCCAGACCUCGUCCUUCCAGGAUUCAAUCGACGUGGAGGAGAAAGAUGAAUUUGACAGCGAAGACAUCGCUGGCUACAGCCAGAAAACCCAGCUGAACUGCUACUACACCAUCUAUCUGUAUCAGGGCACAAGAUCUGAGGCCUGUGGAGAAAGUGUGGCGUGGAACCAGAGCCGUGCGGACUCCACAACAAGCCACGAUGACUUUAGUUUGACACUAAUUGACAGCAGCCUGCCAUCUGAAGCAGAACCAGAGCUGCGGACCUACAUAUCAAGGAGACUGAGUAAAGGAGCUCUUCUCGGAGGGAUGGGCAACAUCGCCACCGUGGAACUCAGUCUCCCGGAGCAGGCGGUCGGCUGCUACUGCUGCCUCCUGGAGCAGGAAAGGUCUCCUGAGCAGCCGGAUGCUGAUGGAAACGGAUAUGUCAUCUGCUUCAUGGGGGGCUCCGAAAAGGGCCUGAACUUAUUCAGAUUAGAGCUCGAUAAAUACGUCCAAGGCCUACAGAGCAGCCUUCAGACUCCAGAGCUGCAGAACCUCGAGACAGAAGUGCGUCCCUACCUGAGCCGCUGGUACGAGGAGUCGGUCAUGCACAUUCACCGAGUGGUGCAGCUGGUCCAGUGCAACAUCAGCUUUUUGCUGCAUGCUGCCCUGAGUCACACGCACGUGGAAGUCAUCAAUGCGGACGAGAGGACAAAGGCCGACGUGUCCAGGUUCAUCAAAGCGGCCAGCUUGCAGGGCCUGUCCCAGCAGGACACCACCACAGCCUCUCUGUGCAAAGCCAUGUCGGAGGACACGCAGUCAGACCUGACUGUUGACUGCUCCACCAGCCCGCCCACGCUCACCAACACCGUGAGCAACCGUUUCUGCGACGGCUGGAUUCAGGCCUUUCUGAACGCUGCGGAGCGCUGCAACCCGUUCCUGCUCCGACAGAUUCUGGAGAACUUCAAACUCAAGGCCAUCCACGACAUGAACAGCCUGAAGCGUUUUGUGCGGCAGGCGGAGAUGAGUCACUACGCGCUGUUCCGCUGCUGCCAGUUCCUGCGGGGCUGCGGGAACGGCGACGUGCUGCUGCAGAACGCCCGGGCGGAGCACAGCGACCUGCCCGAGGCCUGCAACAUCAUCGCCGUCCUGGACGAGUUCCUCAGUGAACAGGCCGAGGCCUGACACUACCUCUGAAGAUCCAGAUGCAAUCAUCGCUAUUAAAAACAAAUCUACUGUUAAAUAUGUGGAGGGGGUGGGGAAUGCAGCAGCACAUACAGGAAAUGUAAUUUAUUAAUUAUGAGGAUGGCGUUACUGUUGCUGAACGAUGGGAAGGGUGUAAAAACUUUAUAAUUAUCUGUUGAGUGUGUUUAUACAGAAACUGAGAGGUAAAUAUUACUACUAAUGCAUGUAAAGACUACUAAAAAGAACUGAUGUGCAUCAGAACUUACGCUAACUGGGGUAAAAUUAUGUUUUUGCAUAUUAUAUAUCCAGGUCGCCCACUAAGUUAUUGUCGUUUUCUUUUGAGAAUGACGCACAAAUCACUUUAUAGCAUUGUUUGUUGUGCAUGCCGGCCCAGUACCAGCACUACAUUACCGUCUCAUUAAUUCCAACACUGUGUUAGUCUCUGUGUGUUUGAAGUCUUUUUUUUUUUCCAGCUUUGGGAAUGCUGUGUUGUAAUUCUGGCGUAAUCAUUCCAAAUGUUGUCAAAUGAGGAUUUUAUUUUUGUGUUUAUGUGAAGUUUAUGGGAUCUGCCUCAAGAUUUAUUGAGUUUAUGUGGGUAAAUAGAUGUAGAAAAAGUCAAAUAAUGAAACGAAACAAAUAGUCGAUAAAGUAGUUGUAGCAUGAAGCUCAGAGAGUUCUUGUUAAAGUUUGUCCAAAGUAUGUAUUGGAGCAAUAUCGCUGUUGUUGGUGUUUGAUCUUUAAGCUACUGAUGUGUAAACGAGUUGUUUCUGCUGUUCACUGACCCGUGUGCAGACCUUUCAGUACACGCAGUCCCCUGUUCUAAAUAUUUUUUUGUGGUUCUGUCUGCGAUCGAUUCAAAUAAACCCUUUUAAACCGCA